AAAGUCUUGAAGCAUAUUCGGUUUAUCCGCAUUAUAAAACGGUGAUAAGGCUUGUUCCUUCAGUCACUUGCAUCGUACAACAAGGGUUUCUCUUUAUCGUUCCUAUCGAAACAAAAUCAUGGGCAGAAAAUUCUUCAUCGGCGGCAACUGGAAAUGCAAUGGGACCACUGAGGAGGUGAAGAAGAUUGUUACGACUUUGAAUGAAGCUAAAGUUCCGGGAGAGGAUGUUGUGGAAGUUGUUGUGAGCCCUCCCUAUGUGUUCCUUCCCGUUGUAAAAGGUUUACUGCGCCCUGAUUUCCAUGUCGCAGCACAAAACUGUUGGGUUCGCAAAGGUGGUGCUUAUACCGGAGAGGUUAGUGCCGAAAUGCUUGUUAAUUUGGGAAUUCCCUGGGUUAUCAUUGGUCACUCUGAGCGGAGGCAGCUUUUACAAGAAUCAAAUGAGUUUGUGGGAGAUAAAGUUGCAUAUGCACUUUCACAAGGUCUGAAAGUUAUUGCCUGCAUUGGGGAGACUCUUGAACAGCGUGAAGCUGGAACAACAAUAACUGUUGUUGCUGAGCAAACAAAAGCAAUCGCAGAUAAAAUAUCAAACUGGGACAAUGUUGUUUUGGCCUAUGAGCCAGUUUGGGCCAUUGGAACAGGAAAGGUUGCAACUCCUGCUCAGGCUCAAGAGGUCCAUGCUGAUUUGAGGAAAUGGAUUCACAGCAAUGUGAGUGCUGAAGUUGCUGCAUCUGUAAGAAUUAUCUAUGGAGGUUCUGUAAAUGGAGGAAACUGCAAAGAAUUGGCAGGACAGCCCGAUGUUGAUGGAUUUUUGGUUGGUGGUGCCUCCUUGAAGCCGGAGUUCGUGGAUAUCAUAAACUCUGCCACUGUGAAGAAGAAUUGAAAUUCGUAGUUAGGAACUGAUAUGCUGCUGCUGCUACCUUUCAAGCUGCUUCGGAAAUUGGCGUGUUUGAGUUUUGGUUCUGUGCUUUGUGGCCAACGCUUUGAACUGUGUUUUACUGUUUAGUACUGAAUAAACAUGAUUUACUUUGAUCACAUCCGUAGGCGAUCAAUUGGAUUUUGGAUAAAUUUCUAAAUGCAUAAAUAGUGUAACUACCAUAACAUUUGGUGGAUAAAUAAUGUUGAACGCCAAGUAGAACUGUUAUUUAAUCACCAGUUUCUCUACUAAUUAGAUCG